GUUUAUCAGGAGUAUUCCUCGUUGAUUUUCGCCAGUACGCUCUUUGCCAUCCUCGCGAUGAGUUCUAACGGACAGGAAACACCGCCCCCGCCACCGUACUCCGAAGCAGGAGUCAGAAACAUGGAAAAACGCAGCGGCAGCAUCACGAGCAUGGCUCUGUCCAAUUCAACCGUAAAAGAAAAGGAAGAAAAACUGAAAUAUCCCAAAUCUGUCUUCUUCAUUAUAUCGAACGAAUUCUGCGAACGAUUUUCUUACUAUGGAAUGAGAACUAUUUUGGCGUUGUACCUGGCAUAUCUGGGAUUCACAGAAAACCAAUCGACUAUGAUCUACCAUGUGUUCGUCAUGCUCUGCUACUUCACACCGCUCAUCGGAGGCAUUAUCGCCGACUCAUAUCUGGGAAAAUACAAGACGAUAUUUUAUGUAUCUUUGCUGUACGCCUUUGGUAACGUGAUUCUUUCCAUAGGAUCAAUCAAAUCUUUGGGUAUUAAUCAUAUAGCGAUAAGCAUGAUGGGACUGAUCCUGAUCGGAGCUGGUACAGGUGGAAUCAAACCCUGCGUUUCGUCAUUUGGCGGUGACCAGUUCGUUUUACCUCAACAAGAGAAACAACUACAAAAAUUCUUUUCACUUUUCUAUUUUUCUAUCAACGCUGGGAGUGUCAUUUCUUGUUUCAUAACUCCUAUGCUAAGAGAGAGCGUACCGUGCUUCGAGGAUGAUGUAUGCUACCCGCUGGCCUUUGGUCUUCCUGCUUUACUUAUGUGUCUGUCAGUCGUCAUUUUUGUAUGCGGGAAGCCGAUGUACAAAAUUAAACCACCGACUAAAGGAAACGUCGCACUCGACGUCAUAAAAUGCUGGGGGCAUGCGAUAUCGAGGAAGAUAAAGAUUCAGAAGAAAGAACCGAGAGACCACUGGCUUGAUUACGCCGAUGACAAGUUCAGCUUGAAGUUCAUCGAGGAGACGAAGAUAGUGCUGAAGUUGUGUUAUCUCUUCGCACCGACCAUCAUCUUCUGGGCACUGUACGAGCAACAAGGCUCGAGAUGGACUUUCCAGGCGAGCCACAUGGACGGUGACAUAGGCUUCUACGUCCUCCAACCGGACCAAAUGCAAACUAUCAACGCAGUACUGUGCCUAGUGUUCAUCCCAAUUUUUGAAAGUGUAUUCUAUCCAGUCCUGGAAAAAUUGAAAAUAAUAAGAACGCCCUUGCAAAAACUCAGCUACGGUGGAUUAUUAGCUGCUUUGUCCUUUAUUGUGUCUGCGUUAAUUCAAUUAAAAAUUGAGGCACUAGAACCCGUUUUGCCAUCUACAGGAAUCGCCAACUUGCGACUGUACAACACGCUCAACUGCCCUGUUUCGGUCAGUUCGACUGAAUUCGGCAUCAGAGGAGAAAUAAUGAGCUUUGAUACGAUGGAUUUUCCCGCACUUUCUGUGUCACAAUUGAAGGAUUUUAAUCUCGAAGCCAAAUACGGAAAAGGAUGCCCAGAGUCCUCUGGGUCGUUCAGUGUUAAACUCGAAAGUGGAAAGAUUUCAAGCUAUAUGUUUACCAACGAGAAAAAAAUCUCCUUGGAAAAGCUCGACAUUUCGGGUGGAGAAACGAUUGAAAAGUCCAAGGAUGGCAACGUAAAAAUAAAAGCGAUAUACGGUGGCGGCGACCAAGUGAAUGUCACAUUACUUUCGCCUGAUAAUUCUAAAAACAUGGUUUUCAAUAAGUACCAAUCUUCUAUGCUAGAAAUGAAGAGCUAUGUCUCAUACAAAGUACUCAUCAAUGGAAAAUUAUGCGAUAAACCAAUUUAUCUCAAGUCAGGUGGCGUCUACACUUUGAUGAUAAUAGCUCCCGAUGCAUCUAUGACGGAAAGGAAGAGUAAACUUUUGACGAUCACUGAGCCAAACAGCGUGAACAUGCUAUGGCAACUCCCUCAAUACGUUAUAAUCACUUUCGCUGAAAUUAUGUUCUCUAUAACAGGAAUAGAAUUUUCUUUCACACAGAGUCCUAAUAGCAUGAAAUCGGUCGUGUCCUCGCUCUGGCUCGUCACGGAUUCAUUGGGCAACGUAAUCAUCCUGUUCAUCGCUGGAAUGAAAAUGUUCGACAACCAGUCAUCCGAAUUUUUCCUGUACGGCGGUCUUAUGACGAUUGUCAUGGGGAUGUUUAUAAUCUUGGCAAAUAAUUACGAAUACGUCGACGCCAGUUUGUUAUCAGAAGGAGCUGAAUCUGAGAAAGAUGAAGAAUCGAAAAGUUGAACGGCUUUUGAGAUAAUUUCAAAUUUUGAUUAAACACAAUACUUCAUUUAAAUUUAAAAAUAUAAAGUCAUCAAUCUGGGAAAAUAUGUGAUAAAAUGUUUUUGAGAGUUUUUAAAUCACUGACAUGUACCAAAAUCUUUAAAACUAUUGAAACGCAGACUAUAGAUUUACAAAAUUUUCAGCUAUUGAAAGAACAUUAAAAAAAACGAUUUGUAAAAAUUGUAAAUUUGAAUUCAGUUUU